CGAAACAACCCUAAAACAAAAAUAUCCAGUAUUAUUGAGGCACUUUUCCGGAUAUUCUUGCUGUAACGUAAAUUCUAAAGCUUUUUUUUGCUUAUGGACAAAAAAUUGGUUCCGUCAGCUGAAGCGCAGGCUCCUGUUCCUGAAACAGAUGCCUACUCAAGCUUGUGUAACUCUCUCGGCAGACGUUUCGACAGCUGGAGACGACUGGUGGAAGAUUUGAUUGCUUUUUUUAAGCAGCUGGAGGUCAUUGUGAAGAACAGUUCUCGUGAUUACAACAAACUUAGCCGUACAAUUGUGAUUCCCUUCCGUGACGCGAACGUUUUCGAUGAACAUGGCGUCCAGGACGUGUUUACGUCGCUUCGUGACCAAACAGCCACUAUUGCAGCAGAUAAUGACCAACUGGCUGUUCAAAUUCCCGGUAGCAUCACAAAAGUAUUGGAGUUGCUGCGUGAUGACUUGAAGGAACACUGCAAAAAAAUCACUACGGACGGCGGACGCGGUGUGAAAACCGUAGAAAAGCAUCGCACCGAGACUCAGCGUUUGCUUACACAGCUUGAUCGUACCCUUUUGCCAUGGCGUGGAGAGCAACCUCCAGUUGUUGGCCGCAACAACGAUCCUUUUAUCGUUGAUCGGCUUGUUUGCAACAGCUUGCACCGUCAGGUCGCGGAGGAAAACAACCAUGCUCAUGUAUUGGUUGGAUUGCAAGAGCUGUCGUACAGAUUUGAGAUCAACAUGGUGAACAAGAUCAAAGAAUGCAUUGUGCAGUUCGAACAGCUUAUGGCUGCACAUUUGAACAAGACUAUACUUCAUAUCCAAGACAUCCGCCAGAUUUCCGAUGCCUUGCCGUCCACCAUGGAAUGGGAGCAGUACAUGAACAACGAGCCCGAUUUCAUCAAGGGCGACAUUGUGCCCCGUAACGCUGACUCUAUCGUGUACCCUGGUAAAAACGACCAGCCUACUGUGCCUAUCAUUAAGGGCCAAUUAGUUCGCAAGACGAAGAUUCUCAAAAAGAAGCAAGCCGGUUUCUAUGCAUUCACUCAUUCAGGCUACUUGUAUGAGUUUAAGAGUGCCGAUCCCCUUACAGAUCCGGAGCCCGAGUUUGCUCUUUACAUUCCCGACUGUUUAAUCGGCAGACCUUCUGACAAGAAGGCCAAGUUUAAAAUUACGGGAAAAGAUGCAACCAAGAGACUUUUCUCUACUCGUUAUGAAUACACUUUCAGCGCAGCUAAUCACGCUGAUAUCAUGAAGUGGUGGGAGGCUCUUAACGCAAACAACCCCGAUAUCCUCCAGCGGUUGCCUCCAGAUGUUCCUUCGGCGAGUGACGACGACGACGACGAUGAUGAUGCCUACUCUUUCUCUCCCACUGCCGCCACGCAUUCUCGUCAAGCUUCUGUCAACCGACAAGCUUCUUUGAAUCGACAAGGCACCAUUCCAAGUGCAGCCGCUGCCCCUUCCGCUCCUCCUGUCCCCGACCGCCCCAUGUACUCGAGUGAGGGCAAUGCCUGGGCUUCGUAAGUUAGCAACUGCCACAAAUUGUUUAAGUGAGGUCAGUUGUUUUUUAUCUUUUAAAUAUUUAUCUCUAUAGGAAAUGACGGUUCGAAGAAUAUGAAGAGCAAUUAGAUGUUUAAUCCUUUCUUGCAA